AUGAAACGAAGUGUUCCCUUAUACAAACUGUGGGCUUGGUUUUAUUUGUUGGACGCUUGUGUUCCAGGAAGCCAAAAAGAAGUUGAGGCCGAGAACAUCGAACAUAAAGCUGAGAACGUAAAAUUAAAACAGGCUUUGGAAGAACAUGAAUCCAGAUUUGCGAAACUGGAGCAGAACGAUAAAGAUAAUGAGCUUAAAGCUAGAGUUGCGAAAUUAGAACAAAAGCAAUCGAAAGCUGAUGAAAAGAACUUUAUUGUUAAAUCUGAAGUCUGCGAAGCAGGAUACCCAGUAUCUAAUACCACCUCUACCAAAAUGAAAAAUUCUAAUAAUACUUCCGCAUCUAAUAUAUCUGCUAAUACUUCAAAUUUUGAUGUUGCUCCUGAACGAAUAGAAAAUAGUUCCGAUAACACACCCGAUUCCAGGAAAAGGGAAAAGGAGAGGGUUAGUAAUAUGGCAAGAGAAAGAAAUAGGGAAAAGAAUAUUUGCCGAGGGCAACAAUUGGUACGAAAAACAUCUUCCACACAAAAUGCAAUCUCUACUGAGAUAAAUCCUAUUAUUGAUGAUCAUACAACUACCCGAUUAGAAUCAAUCAAGCACAAAAUACCGGAAGCAAAAUUCCAUACAACAAAAGAGUAA